CUAAACAGCAAGUGUUUUAUCACGCGGUUACAAAAUCAGAGCAGUGCUUAUUUAGUUAUUUGGAAACAAAGAUCGGUUACUAAGCAUUAAUAAUUGUGUUGGAAUAUGGCAUCAAAAAGUUCAGCAGAAGUUUCAGUCCAGGACCUGCCGGUUGAUGCUCGUGCUAUGAUGCAGGCAAUGGCUGCUGUAGAAUUGUAUAGAGCACAACGUGAAGUUGCCAAUUACUUCGAAUUGGCGUACCUUAAACUUGGAGAUAUGCCAUACGUUGCGAGACAAGUAAGAAAGACAGCUAACAACGCGAGAACGCAACAUUUAAUGACGAUUGGGUUGAUGAAGAAGUUCACUUUAACAGCGGGUCAUAUUGUAAAUACUAUGAUUCCAAUGAUCCUUGAUGCUGUAGAACUUGAG